CGAUUGCAUGGAACAGCUGAAAACUAGUUCAGAUCUGCUGAAAUUUAAGCAAAGUUGAAGAAAUAAACCUGCCGAAGUGAAUCUUUCUAAUUUAAGCGAUCAUGUCCAAUGGCCUUUCGAGGGACUGGCUGGUAGAAAGAAUUGAUUCAGUUUUUACGGAUCCGAAUGGAAGUGUAUUUUACUUCAUCAAGUUCAAAGGCCAGUCAAACUUGGAACAAAUGCCAGCGGAAAAAGUCAUGCGGAUCAUUCCCGACAUGGUAAUAGAGUUCUACAUGGACCGCCUAUCCUCCUGUCCCAAAAGCAAACCGACGCGAAAAAGGAAAGCUGAAGAGGAAUGAUUAGUAAUAUUAA